CUAUCCAUCAUGAAGCUGAACAUUUUUCUUUUCCUGUGUCUCAGUGGUCUGGCCCCGGUUGCUGUAUCCAUCCUGCUAACCAUCCCUCACAGAUAUGAGUUGAUCCCUACAAGAUUGACAUGGGCUAGUGCACAGACUUACUGCAAAGCAAAGUACACUGACCUAGCAAUAACCCUAAGUGAUACGGACUGGCUAAGAGUGAAGACAGUAGCAGGCAGAAAAGGUCUGGCAACAGGUGCAUCAAUGUUUGUUGGACUGUGGAAUGAUGUGAAUAGCUGGCGUUGGUCCUUAUACGACCUUUCACUGAAUAUUGCCAAUUAUACCAACUGGUACGCUGGACAGCCUGAUAAUCUAAGUGGGAAUCAAGCAUGUGUUGCUAUAAUUACACUUAAUCAGUGGUUUGAUCAACCAUGUACAGACCUAAGACCCUUCAUUUGCUAUGAUGUUAAUUUCAGUGGCAAAUUUAUCUCUAUUACCAGUCCUUUGCUGACCUGGCUUGAUGCUCGGACCUAUUGCAGACAACAUCAUACAGACUUGGCCAGCUCUCUUAGCAGCUCAGAUCAAGACAUAAUUGAUCAGUUAGCAGCAACCAGUAACAGUCCCUGGAUAGGGCUAUACAGAGACACAUGGAAGUGGUCAGAUGGGUCCAAUGCUACAAAUAUCAAGUGGACUCCUGGAGAGCCAAAUAAUGCUGGAACAAAUGAUAACUGUGCAGCAUUUCGUAAUGGACUAAUAAUUGAUGCUUCCUGCAGCAUCACAUUUUAUUUCUUCUGUCACACAUUUUACCCAACACGGAGUCAGAUAAUUAGACUGCAGGUGGAGUAUGAUGGGAGUGUGUUUGACCCUGCUGUCCAGUCAAUCAUUUUAAAUCAAAUUAAGCAGAAACUGAAGGAAAAUGGCAUGUUGGAGAACACCACAGUUACCUGGAGUGUGCAGCCCGAUGGAAACAUUUUCCACUUGAAAAAAUAG